AUGCGUGAUCAUGAACUGAUCAGAAAUGUAAACCCGAAAGCUAUGAUUGCUUCAAAUUAUUCCAAGCAUCCCAAAGAAUACCAGCUCGCCGCAAUGCAUGGAUACAAAGGCUGCUGUCAAUACGAAAAUGGGUUUGUGGAAGCAGCGCUGGAAAGCUUCCACAAGGCAAUCAGCUACAGGUUGGACUUCUGGCAAGCGUGGUGCAAUUUGGGAAAUGUGUAUGUCGCCAAAGGAAUGAUCACGGAAGCGGAACACUGUUACAUGACUGCGCUCAAGUUCUCCCCAUCCCAGCCCGAAUGCCUCAACAAUCUCGGGAACAUAUUGCGAGAACGAGGCCGGUUCCAAGAAGCUCGAGCUCAAUAUGAGCUUGCUGUCAAAGUGAACCAAUCCUUAGCACCUGCUCAUUCGAAUCUGGGCACGUUGGCGCAGCAACAAGGAGACCCAUCAGGUGCUGUGAAUCACUACACGAGGGCAAUCGAGGCUCAGCCGUUGUUCGCAGAUGCUUACACCAACUUGGGUAAUGCCAUGAAGGAGCUCAAGAACGACGGAGCCGCGGUCGAGUGCUUCUUGAAAGCCAUCGAGAUCAAUCCCGAGUACGCGGAUGCCCAUUUGAACUUGGGAUCCAUGUUGAAGGAAGGCGGCCACAUUGAAGAAGCCGUCUUGUCUUACCGCACUGCACUCUCGAUCAAACCGGAUUUCCCGGACGCGCUGUGUAACCUGGUGCACAGUCUGCAACUGAUUUGUCAAUGGGACGACUAUGACAAGUUGCAGCAAAGGGUACACCUUCUGGUCACCCAUCAGCUGUUGGAAGACCAAGGGGUCCCCAGCGUGCAUCCGCAUCAUUCUAUGCUUUAUCCAUCACUUUCGCCGCAGAUUCGGCUUGAAAUUGCUGCCAGACACGCCAAACGAGCUUCAACCCGCACCCCGGUGCUCCCUCCGUACACACUAUGGAAAAAUUCUUGCGAAGAUGUUUCUGGUCCGAUUCAACCCGGCUGCGUCGUUAGGAACACUGAUGUGGGGUCCGAUUUGACGGUAGAAUCCUUUCGGGGAACUCCGACGUCGAACAAGAGCUUCUUGUCCAAUAUUCGGGUCCUUCCAGGAGACUCCUUUUUGAGUCGUUUGGGUCGCAAGACGAUGCUUCUGAUCAACUCUGCUUCGUGCGACGAUGAAUUGUUCAGGAAUUCAGAGAGUGUUCAUUCAACGAAUCUCUCCAGUUCGUCUGAGUCACUUUUGCCGUCUUCACGAAAGAAGUCUGGUGUCAAGUGUGAAUUGGAAGACUCACACUCACUGGCCGUUGCGUGUCGAGAAGCUGCUGUCGAAUCCUCGAGGGAAUUGCAUGAAAACUCGCGUGAUUUGAUCAACUUUCCCGAAAGUGUUAAAUCGAAGAGUUUCUCGGUACGGCGGGGGAUGCGAUCCGAUAUGUUGAUCCCCGAUGAGACGGAGAAUCAAUGUCGCCGUUUUAAAAUUGCCCCUGAACAUAUCCGGAAAAACUGCGACCGUUCUGAUCUCAAGAAUGAUUUGAUCCCUAGAAUCUCGGGCCCUGAUGAUGAUAACCGUGGGAAUACUAGAUUCAGCCCGGGGACUUCGACUCAUCUUCGGGAUCGCAGACUGAAGAUAGGCUACGUGAGUUCGGAUUUUGGGAAUCAUCCAACGUCGCAUUUGAUGCAGUCUGUGCCUCGAGUGCACGACAGGACUCGGGUGAAGGUGUACUGCUAUGCAACUAGUGGAGACGACGGAUCUGAGUUCAGACGUAAUGUGAAACAGGGAGCUGAUGAGUUCUUGGACGUGUCUGAAAUGAGUUCCAGAGAAGCUGCUGAGCGGAUUAGGCGGGAUGGCAUCCACAUCCUCGUCAACACGAAUGGAUACACCAGAGGCGCGAGGACUGAGAUUUUUGCUGCUAAACCAGCACCUGUUCAAGUUUUGUGGCUCGGUUACCCGGGAACCAUGGGAGCGUCUUUCAUCGACUACAUCGUGACCGACCCCGUGGCGACCCCGCCGGAAAGCGCGGGACAUUUCAAGGAAACCCUGGCGUACCUGGCGUCCUCCCACUAUGUCGGCGAUCACGCCGCCAUGUUCCCACACGUUGCUGAAAAGCUCGCCGUGGCGGUCAACAGGGGAAAUGAAAGUGACAAGAUCGUUCUCAAUGCUCGAGGUCUUGUCAGCAAGUUGUAUUCUGCUGGAGCAGUGACGUUGCGUAUGGCGUCCGGACCCACCGAUGGAGUCGGCAACCCCGGGAACGAGUGUUUGCUUGGUGACGAGGUCAUGGGACAAAUUCAGAAUCCGAAUGACCUUUUCAAGCGAAACAUUUGCUUCCAGGUCAUGUUGAAGAAUUCGCUGGUGGAAGUGACUGUGAAUGGCGUCACAUAUCAAAACGGUGCCCAAGUGAGCGACAAGAAAGUUGCCAGAGGAGAACGAGUCCCGAGGACAGUUAUGGUCACUUGCAGAUCUCAAUACAAUCUUCCCGCGGACGCAGUCGUUUACUGCAAUUUCAACCAACUCUACAAACUGGAUCCUAGAACAAUGCGUCUUUGGUUCGAGAUUUUGAGACGAGUGGAAAAAUCCUGCCUCUGGUUGCUGCGGUUUCCUGCUGGUGGAGAGAAGAACAUCCGUAUAUUUGCGAAUCAAGAAGGGAUUCCGCAAUCUAAAUUAGUGUUCUCAGAAGUCGCCCCAAAAGAGGAACACGUGAGGAGAGGCCAGUUGGCGGAUGUCUGUUUGGACACACUUUUGUGCAAUGGACACACCACUGGUCUCGAUAUUUUGUGGGCUGGAACGCCGAUGAUAACGUGUCCUGGAGAAACAUUGGCAUCGAGAGUCGGAGCAUCGCAGUUGACAGCGCUUGGUCUGCAAGAACUGAUUGCGAGUAGUGAUCAAGAGUAUGUUGACAUUGCUGUCCGUCUCGGGUCGAAUAAAACCAAGUUGCAGAAAAUUUCAAGCAAGCUGUUGGAAAACCGCCGGAACUCCUCGGUUUACAACGUUCCUGGAUUCGCGAAACAACUCGAAGAUCUUUUUGAAAAAUUGUGGAAAGAAAGUAAUAUUGCUGGAGACCAAAUGCUGCACAUCGAAUCUGAAAAUGCUGGCUUUGACAGUGAAGGACAACUAACAUGGACUAUGAUGUUGCAGAUGUCGGCCUUGCCAGACUGUCAUGGCGGUGCCAUGUGUAGCUGGCUCGGGCACCGAAGUUGGAAUAGCUCCUACGCGGGAAUGAAGAAUAAAGAGAAACUACACCACCGAGUGAAUGCACUGGUCAUCGAAGGAGACGAAGUGAUCAACAUUAUGGCGGCUUUUUAUUUCAAGAUCUUUUCUUCACCCCUGUUUAAUGCCAAUGGCGUAAUUUUGCACAUUCGCACUGAUUUGUCGGUAUAUCAACAGAGGAAAGAUCUGUACGGCAAGGUGAGAAAGAUGAACGCAUUGUGGAUGCGACAAGUGUUUCAAAAUGUAGCUUGUUCAGUGACUCUCGGACCAAGAUCUUUCGUUUGCCAAGCUACACCGGUCCAACGAAAGGUGUCAACAAACGCCGGUCCACCGAAGGUUCUUAUCACAGGUGCACUUGGGCAGUUGGGACGAGGUCUAGCUAAGAUUUUGCGUGCCAAGUUUGGGAGCGAUAAUGUCAUCAUGUCUGACAUUGUGAAGCCGGAUUUCGACAUUAUGCGAAGUGGGCCUUAUGUAUAUGCUGAUAUUUUGGAUGGAGAAGGGUUGCACAACAUCGUCGUCACGCAUCGAAUUGAUUGGCUUAUUCACUUCAGCGCUUUGUUGAGCGCGAUUGGAGAGCAGAACCUAAGACUUGCAAUGAAAGUCAACAUCGAAGGUGUCCACAACAUUUUGGAGGUGUCCAGGACGCAUAAACUCCGCGUGUUUAUUCCGUCUACGAUCGGUGCGUUUGGACCAACGACGCCCUUGGAGAAUGUUCAAGAUUUCACGAUUCAGCGACCAAGAACAAUUUAUGGAGUCGCCAAGGUGCAUACGGAGUUGCUUGGGGAAUAUUAUCACGAACGUUACGGACUAGACUUUCGCUGUCUUCGGUUCCCGGGGGUCAUCAGCUAUGAAACUGCCCCUGGAGGUGGAACAACCGAUUAUGCUGUGCAGAUUUUCCACGAUGCUUUGAAGACGGGGAAGUACGAAUGCUACCUGAAACCCGAUACGAUGUUGCCCAUGAUGUACAUUGAUGACUGUUUGCGUUCUUUGACUGAGAUGAUGGAAGCUGAUGAAGAAAACCUGAAACAAAGGACGUACAAUGUUGCAGCUAUGAGUUUUACCCCUCAUCAACUGGCAAACAUGGUCAGAAAAUUUGUCCCACAGUUGAGGAUUACUUAUAACCCGGAUUCCCGUCAGCAAAUUGCUGAUGGUUGGCCAAAAAUGUUUGAUGACUCAAAUGCUCGUCGAGACUGGGGCUGGAGUCACGACUACGACCUGGAAAAGAUGUGUUCAACAGUGAUCAGUGGUAUUCGAAGGCUGCGGCGAGAAUCCAAUACCGCGCUUCCAAUUGACUAUGACGUGGAAGUUAAACAAGCUUUGGAUCUGCACAGACCCUCUGGGGAACCUGGAGAACAGAAGGAAAUCAUUCAACAAAUCUCCGGAUAUUAUCAGUUAUCCGGCAUGCUUUCUGAUGUUGGUCUAGCAUUGCGAGAGAAGUUAUUGGAGAAGUGCGCAUCCUUGUUUCCCGUACCUCAAGACACUGAAGGCGCGAGUGAAGAUGCUUCGGAUGGCUUCAGUUUGACGGAAAAAAUACAGGAGCACCUGUCAUGGUGCGAGGAAGAACUAGCUGCUGAAUUUGUGUUUCCCGUUGAUGCAGAAUGGCUGAACGUUUCGAAUGCCCCUGAUGUCGACGAUGAUUUUCGGGGAAACGUGAUCGUACUAGACUUCUUCACCUACUGUUGUAUGAAUUGCCUGAACGUGCUUCCUGUCCUUCAAGAGCUGGAAACGAAGCAUGCGGACGCAUCCGCCGGUUUACGAGUGGUUGGCAUCCAUUCCGGGAAGUUUGAAAAUGAGAAACUUGGAGAGAACGUUGUGUCGGCCAUAGAAAGACACGGUAUAGGUCACCCCGUCAUCAACGAUUCGGAAAAUAAACUGUGGAAUGAGAAUGGAAUUUUUUGCUGGCCAACACUCCUAUUACUGAGUCCAGGAUUGAAACCUAUAUUUGUAUUCAUUGGUGAAAACGUGAAAGACGCAUUAUUCAGCGUCGUUCCGGUUGCGUUAGAAUAUUACCGAGCAAAGGGCACACUUUUCGGUGCAGAUAAAUCUAUUGCCCCAGCAGCUAAAAAUCGAAACUUACAUCCAGGCUCUAUUGUGCGAUUUCCCGGGAAAGUUGUUGGUUGUGGGGAUCAGAUCUUCGUAGCGGAUUCUGGGAAUAACCGCGUACUGAUAUGCAGCGAGACUGGGCUUAUAAAAACUAAUUUUGGAGAAGAAGCCGCAUUUUUAAACCCUCAAGGAAUUGCCUAUUCCGCGCGUCUAAAUCAUUUGUUCGUGGCUGAUUUGGGGAAUCAUCAAAUCAAACGGAUUGACCUGAACGAAGGGACUGUGGAGGCCCUCGCUGGCCGUGGAACAAGUGGCUCAUCCGCCAACCUCAAUGCGCCGUGGGACGUGUGCAUUGGACCUCCUCCGAAUGUCGCCGUUCUCCAGAUGCUGUACAAAGAAAAUCCUAUGGAAUCUCUCGGGAAAUUGUGUGAAGUGAGUGCAUCUGUUGAUGAAGUUCUGUACGUCGCCGCGGCUGGUUCUCAUCAAGUAUGGAUCAUUGUCUACGACGGCGUUUUGUCCGGGGUUGCCUUUCGCUUUGCGGGCUCUGGUUGUGAGGAAAUCCGAAACAAUUCCUACCCACAUCGUGCUGGGUUUGCGCAACCUUCUGGAAUUUGUUAUUCUACGGAAACCAAUUGUCUUUAUAUUGCUGACAGCGAAAGCUCUGCCGUGCGGGAAGUCAGCUUGAGUACAGGUGCUGUCAAAACUGUUGCGGGUGGUUCGAAGGAUCCGAAAAACCUGUUCGAGUUCGGUGAUGUUGACGCAGAAUCCGGAAAAGACGCUCGUUUUCAGCACCCACUUGGAGUUACUUGGAACUCCGCCAAAAGCUGUGUUUUUGUGGCUGACUCUUACAAUCACAAAAUCAAAACUUGUGAUGUGCCUGGUGGUGCAACCAAGACCGUGUAUGCCUCUGCGCAUAAUUCAGAAUUCGGUGGGAUUGCUUACGACGCAGUCAAAAAUUUGCUUUAUGUUGCGGACACAAAUCAGCAUACUAUUUUAGUUGGAGCUAUGGUGAAUAAUGUUCUGGAAUUUAAGUCACUUCCUGUGCGGGAAAAAUCUGGGGACGGAGAUAGGGUUUGGAUGGAAGCGAAGAAGCUGCGUGUGAGGGGCACGUUGGGUUUGAAUUUUGACGUGUUGCUGACAAAAGGUGUUAAAUUGAAUGAAGCUGCGCCGCAGAAGUUGACUUAUCGCGUUUUGGAUGCCAAUGACAAAGUUGUGACGCAACACCUGGAAAUUUUUUCUCCGGAUAGAAAGUACGUAGUCGUUGGUGAUACGUUGCCUUGUGGAAAAUCUAAGCUGCUCGCUGAUGUUCGACUAGUUCUUUGUGCGGACGAAUCAGGCAUGUGCUUUCCUGCGGAUGUAAAGUUUGGGCUUCCGAUUGUCGUUUCUAAGGAAGAAGGCGACACGGAGUGUACCAUGACUUUCUACAAAAAAACAAGUGCUGCUUUCCCGUCGAAGCAUUCCGUCAAAACAGAAGAGUCCUUGUUUUGGGAGUCACUUGGGCCACCUGUGACGGUCAAAGAAUUUGGAGCAAUCCAGAGUUUACGAUAUUCGCCAGCUGAACCAAAUGUGCUUGCCGUGUCUUCUUCUGCGAAGAUUCAAUUGUUGAAUACAGCUAUUCACCAAGUUGUGAAAACAUUCACGAAGUUUAAAGAAGCUGCUUUCGGAGCCACGUUUAGAGGUGAUGGGCAAAUACUAGCGAGUGGCGGAGAUGAGGGCGUUGUCAAACUCUUCGACGUGGAGAAAAAGACGCUGCUUCGAGUUUUCAAAGGACACGAAAACUCAAUCCGUCGAUGUGAAUUCUUGGGAGGUGGCGAGCGGAUCGCAAGCUUUUCGGACGACAAAACCGUGAAAAUCUGGGACGUUGCCACUGAAGCUAUCGUGCAAUCUUUCGAAGAACACACUGACUUUGUCAGAGCAGGAUGUGUUAAUCCUACCAGUCCAGAUCUGAUAAUAUCGGGCUCUUAUGACCACAAAGUUAAGCUGAUUGAUUCACGUGUUGGUGAUUGCAUCGUGGAUAUCGACACCGGGUUGCCUGUCGAAGCCGUUGCGUGUUUUCAGAGUGGCGCUUAUGUGUUGACCGCGGGUGGAAAUGCGGUUCAAAUUUGGGACCUUUUGGCUGGUGGCAAAAGGGUCGUGAGAUUGCAACACCAUCAUAAAACAGUGACUUGCUUAGCAUUCACGUCAGAUUAUCACCAGUUCGCCUCUGGUUCGAUAGAUCGACAUGUUACAUUUUAUAACGCGUCAACGAUGUCCGUCGGGCAUAGCGUCGACUAUCCUUCACCUAUUCUCAGCUUGGCGAUCUCCUCGGAUAAUCAAACAGUGGUCGUCGGAUCUGUCGAUGGAUUUCUAACGGUACGUCAUCGUAUGACGGCAGAACAAAAGCUGACAAAAAAGAUAGAAAAAUGGCGACAUCACCGUGCAUUACCAGAACCGCCAAAGGUGGAACUCCAGCCCGGAGACGUGGAAGUGGAGGAAAAAGAAAACAAAACGAAGCUAGAAAGUUUUGACAAGAAAUUGAAGGCGUUCGAGUUCAGAGCGACCUUGACCACUGUGCUGACAAAGAAAAUGAUGCAAAGACCCGAGACUGUAGUCGCUGUAUUUCGGGAAUUGAUCCGUCGCGGUGCCAUGAAAAAAGCGCUAAGGAAUCAAACCGAGAUCACGACAAAGAAAUUUUUGGCUUUUCUGACCUCGAAAAUCAUUGAUCGACAUGUCUACUGUGAAGAGGGCUGCAAAUUCUACGCUGCUCUGAAGCCCAAGCUGGAAAAACUCAGAAACCUUUUGGCAGCAGAAGAAAAGUGCAUUGAGUCUUUGUUCGAAUUGGGCGGUUGUGCGGAUGCAAUUCUCGCCUCUCGCGAAAUUGGCUCUUCUUCCAAAGAAAGUGACUUCGAGGUUCUCUGCGUUGUAGAUGGAGAUGAUGAACCAUCUGUCGACUCGGACUCUCACGCUAUUGCAACUGUUAAUGAAACACUUCCAGAAGAACCUCUGUCACCCAAGUGGCUGCGGAGUCGAAUCAUGGAACCGAGUGCCGCAGCAUUAGAGAAUGAACUGAAUUUUUCAGUUGAAGUGGAAUGAAACCGUUGUUCAAAUAUGCGAU